AUGGGGCUGCCGGCGCUGGAGUUCAGCGAGUGCUGCUUAGACAGCCCGCAGUUCCGGGAGCGGCUGCGCUCCCACGAGGCCGAGCUGGACAAGACCAACAAGUUCAUCAAGGAGCUCAUCAAGGACGGGAAGUCGCUCGUCGCCGCCCUCAAAAACCUGUCGGCCGCCAAGCGCAAGUUCGCGGAUUCCCUCAAUGAGUUCAAAUUCCGCUGCAUCGGCGACGCUGAAACGGAUGAUGAGAUCUGCAUAGCCAAGUCUCUGCAGGAGUUUGCCACGGUGCUGCGGAACCUGGAGGACGAGCGGAUGCGCAUGAUCGAGAAUGCCAGUGAGGUGCUGAUCACGCCGCUGGAGAAGUUCCGCAAGGAGCAGAUCGGGGCCGCCAAGGACGCCAAAAAGAAAUAUGACAAGGAGACUGAGAAGUAUUGUGGUGUCCUAGAAAAGCACUUGAACUUGUCUUCUAAGAAGAAAGAAUCCCAGCUUCAGGAGGCAGACAGCCAGGUGGACCAGGUUCGCCAGCAUUUCUACGAAGUCUCUCUAGAAUACGUCUUCAAGGUGCAAGAGGUCCAGGAGAGGAAGAUGUUUGAGUUUGUGGAACCUCUGCUGGCAUUUCUGCAGGGGCUUUUCACGUUCUACCACCACGGCUACGAGCUUGCAAAGGACUUCAGCGAUUUCAAGACAGAGCUGACAAUCAGCAUCCAGAACACAAGAAACCGUUUUGAAGGAACAAGAUCAGAGGUUGAAGCUUUGAUGAAGAAGAUGAAGGAGAAUCCUCACGAGCACAAAAACAUCAGCCCUUACACGAUGGAGGGUUAUCUCUACGUGCAGGAGAAGCGUCACUUUGGGACUUCCUGGGUGAAGCAUUACUGCACGUACCAGAGGGAAUCGAAGCGGAUCACGAUGGUACCGUUUGACCAGAAAUCAGGAGGAAAAGGGGGAGAAGACGAAGCUGUUACCCUGAAAUCCUGCACGCGGCGGAAAACAGACUCGAUCGAGAAGAGGUUUUGCUUUGAUGUGGAAGCUGUGGAUCGGCCGGGUGUCAUCACCAUGCAGGCGCUUUCGGAAGAAGACCGGAGGCUGUGGAUGGAGGCAAUGGAUGGCCGGGAACCGGUGUACAACUCGAACAAGGACAACCAGAGCGAAGGCACUGCCCAGCUGGACAGUAUCGGCUUCAGCAUCAUCAAGAAGUGCAUCCAUGCUGUGGAGACAAGAGGGAUCAAUGAGCAGGGUCUCUACCGGAUUGUUGGAGUAAACUCCAGAGUUCAAAAGCUGCUCAGUAUAUUAAUGGAUCCCAAAACAGCCACAGAGACAGAUACAGAGAUCUGUGCAGAGUGGGAGAUCAAGACCAUUACUAGUGCACUGAAAACAUACCUGAGAAUGCUCCCAGGGCCCCUCAUGAUGUACCAGUUUCAAAGGAGCUUCAUCAAAGCAGCGAAACUGGAGAAUCAGGAGUCCAGAGUGUCAGAGAUCCACAACCUCGUUCAUCGGCUCCCGGAGAAAAACAGGCAGAUGCUGCAGUUGCUCAUGAACCACUUGGCAAAAGUUGCAGAUAAUCACAAGCAGAACCUGAUGACUGUUGCUAAUCUGGGUGUGGUGUUUGGGCCGACGCUGCUUCGACCUCAAGAGGAAACAGUCGCUGCCAUUAUGGACAUCAAAUUCCAGAACAUCGUGAUUGAAAUUUUAAUAGAAAACCAUGAGAAGAUAUUUAACACGGUGCCAGAGACUCCGGCGUCGAACUCACAGCUGCUGUUAUCCCGCAAGAAGAGCAUGGACUCGAAGCCUCCCUCCUGCAGCGAGCGGCCGCUGACGCUCUUCCACACGCCCCAGCCCAACGAGAAGCAGGAGAACAGGAACAGUAUCAUCAACUCCAGCCUGGAAUCCGUCAUCUCUUCAAAUGUAAACAGCUUCCUCAACUCCAACAGCGCUCCCCAGCCCAGCCUGAACUCAAGUGAUCUUGAACUAGAAGUAAUUAAACCCAACAGGCCAAAUUCCCUCCCUCAGAAUCCAAGCCCAACGUCACCCCUCUCACCGUCCUGGCCCAUGUUCUCCGCGCCAUCAAGUCCUAUGCCCACCUCCUCUACGUCCAGCGACUCAUCCCCCAUCAGCUCCCCACUGCGCAAAGCCCGCGCGCUCUACGCCUGCAAAGCCGAGCACGACUCGGAGCUCUCCUUCACGGCUGGCACCGUGUUUGACAACGUUCACCCAUCCCAGGAGCCUGGCUGGCUGGAAGGGACCCUCAAUGGCAAGACAGGAUUGAUCCCUGAGAACUAUGUGGAGUUCCUAUAACUGUGGGUUUGUGCAGCGCCACUGCUGAGUGUUCCAUGGUAUCCAUGGCGGAGUCCUGCAGGCCCCUGUGUGACGUGGGGUGAGGACAUCCCUGUGCCCGCUGGAUGGAUGUUUUUGUGGAUCAUGACAUGCUCCUCUCCUCCCGGUGUGCGCUCCAGGGCUGCAUGGGAGCAGUCCUGGGGAGAUGGAGAGAUGCCCGAAGCCUGCAUCCCAGUGAUGAGAAAACCAGGAAAGGGACAGCUCCACACUGCAACCAAGUACUCCAAGGGGCUGAGCCUGCAGACUGUGAAUGGCACAAGAGCCCCUGAGCAGGAUGUUCCUCACAGCAGGACCGUUCACUGGCUGCAUGGAGCAUCAGUGGGAGCUGGGGGACCCCCACUCACCAGUGUUCCUGCCAAGGAGGAGCGACCAGCAGCGAGUCCUGUGCUCCCAAAUCCAUCCCUGCAUUCCAGCUGGCCUGAGCGACACUCUCCAUGCUGCCAGGGAGCACCCUGACCUAACCUUGGGGGCAGGGGAAGGGUUGGGGUGCUUUCGUCUGACACCAAACCCCAGGCUGGGGCUGCAGCAGCACUUUGAGGGGGCCAAGCCCCCGUGGUGACUUGGGCAGCCCCCGUGGUGACUUGGGCAGCCCCGGUGAGGCGACUGCCCUCCUCGUGCCACCACAGUGCCGGGUCUUGCAGGCGAGAGCGAGCCCUGGGUGGGCUCUGUGGGGGCUCAGGGCUGGUGGGGCUCAGCAGGUACUGGCAUGGCAGAGUAAGGAUAUUUUGGACCAAACCUCUCAAGCUCUUUUUUUUUUUUUUUUUUUAAGGAUUUUGAUUUUUGUGAGAUAAACCUCAGUGCUGGGCGAGGUGAGCAGCCCACGCUGCCUUCCUGGUGCAGCCCCAGACAAACCCUGCUCCUGUUUUUUGGCUAUUUGGUACCUCCACUUCCUAAUUCCCAUUGCACAGACACAUCCAUGCUCCCACCAGUGCCCAGGCCGCUGAUGUGCCGUGUUGAAGCUGUGUCUGCCACUCUCCAGCACUGUUUUUUAGGCAUCUCCUUGCUUGCAACCUGGUGUGUUGUCUGUCCGUGCCAAGUCUGUGCAGUGCUACUUGUACAAGGUGAAUUAUUUCCAUCCUCACAGAGCAUUUGCUGUUGAUGUGGCCAACCUGGGAUCUGUGGAGAGCAAAGGACGAGUCCUUCAGCUCCAUCUGCCCUCAGAGGAUGCUCCUGCCUCCGUGGACACACUGUGAGGGCUUGGCAGAGCGAGUGUGCAAGUCCCUCAUCAUUCCAGAUCAUUUUUACGGGGGAGGGUGGAAGAAGGAGCCCUGUUUGACUGCAGAGCCAGGAUAUUGAGAGCUGGAAUUAUUAUAUUUUAUAAAAGAAAGUCUCAAAAGAACCCCCAGCCCGCGGUGGUGAGUCCUGCACCAAAGCGCCGCUGCCGCCACCCUGGGGAUGGAUGUCGUGGCUUUUUGUAAUAAUUUUUAAGACUCUGAGUGACUGAAUUGCUGUAUGUGUCACUUUUUAUUUUUGAAAGAAUUAAUGUAUAAAUAGAGUAUCUUAAAAUAUUA